AUGGAAAGCACCCUGAAGCCCAUCUUCACUCUUGUAAUGACUGCAGAGUUCAUACUUGGGAAUCUGAGCAAUGGAUUCAUAGUGCUGAUAAACUGCAUUGACUGGGUCAACAAAAGAAAGUUGUUCUUGGUUGAUCAAAUUCUUGUUAUCUUGGCAUUCUCCAGAAUUGGUAUGAUCUGGGAAAUAUUAGUAAUUUGGUUGGUAGUUCUGUAUUUUCCAGGCUUUGUUGUGGAUGAAAAACAAUUGAGACUUGUUUCUUUUACCUGGACAGUUGCCAAUCACUUCAGUCUCUGGCUUGCUACAAUUCUCAGCAUCUUUUAUUUGCUCAAAAUAGCCACUUUCUCCAGCCCUACUUUUCUCUAUCUUCAGUGGAGAGUGAAAAAAGUGAUUCUGAUGAUACUGCUUGGGAGCUUCAUUUUCUUGUGCUUAAAUCUGAUAGUAAUAAACAUACAUAUUAAAGACUGGAUGGAUGAAAUUGUGCAUCAAAGUAAUACAACUUGGAAUUUCAAAAUGAAUGCCUCUUCGUUUUCAGGGCUGAUCGUCUUCACUAUGGCUAUAUUUGCCUUAAUACCAUUUACAAUGGCCUUGUUCUCUUUUCUCCUCUUAAUUUUCUCCCUGUGGAAACAUCUCCAGAAGAUGCAGCUCUCUUCCAAAGGAUGUGGAGACCCCAAGACCCGGGCCCACAGAAAUGCCUUGAAAACUGUGAUCUUGUUCCUCCUACUCUAUGCUACUUUCUUUCUGUCCAUUAUCUUAUCAUGGGUUUCUGAGAUAAAGCAGGUCAAAGCGGUCCAAAUGCUUUGUCAGCUUAUUGGAUCCCUCUAUCCUUCAAUCCACUCCUUUUUCCUAAUUCAGGGAAACUCUAAGUUACGGCAGGCCUAUCAGUUGGCAGCUAAGGUGUGGAUUAAAAGAUGA